AUGUCUUCGCUCAAGUCGUUUAGCACUAAUGUGAAUCUGCUUACUGGUGCAAUCCCCAGCGAGGUUGGAAUGCUGUCAUUGCUUGAGUCAUUCAGGUCAAGUGAAAACUUUCAUUCGGGAAGCCUGCCAACGGAGAUUGGGAAGGCAUACCAGCUCAAGUAUUUGGAAGCUUAUGGAAACGCGUUAUCAGGUCAAAUUCCAAUUGAACUGAUGAACAAUACCGUCCUGGAAUGGUUUGACCUUGAAGACAACAACUUGUCGGGGUCCCUUCCAAAUGAACUGCAAGGCCUGGUGGGUGUAUUGCGGAUUUGGCUGGGAAAGAACAGAUUCACUGGGAGCAUUCCUUCAGAGCUGGCACAGUUGACGUCAUUGGAACUACUGGGUUUGGAUGGUUUGCCUCUAUUGACUGGAUCAGUUCCAUCUGAGUUGGCUCUCGUGACAAGCUUGGAGCAGCUCUGUGGGUGUGACUGUUUGUGUUCCAACGAGACAGCUAAUUAG